UAAAAUCGGACGACGUAGAACAAGAAUAUGCUGCGAACAAAAUAAUAUACGAGGCAGCAUAUUCGGUUUAUACCAUUUCAAGCUCUUGUUUGUUUGCUUAAUUACAAAGCAAAAACAAUCUUGUUAAAAUCAGUGAACCCAUAAAUAAAUAAUAUCUGUUUUCAAAAAAACGAAAAAGCCAAUUUUUCACCGCUCUUUAAUCCUUUCAUUUCCGAUAAAAAAAAACAUUUCCUCACUCCUAUAAAUAAUAAAUCCGCAAUUCCACUAAUUAAUUUCGUUUUCGUAGUAAUAAAAAAAAAAAAGUUGCAACAAACUUCCCCGCCUAUCAUCGUCACUUCCGUUUUCCAAAAACGUAAAAACAAACAUGAGCAACUUUAUAAACUGUUUUUCAUGAUCAAACCAACAAAACUCAACAACAAUGGCGUCAACCGUUUUUUCAUUCUCUCUCCUGUUUUUAUUUUCUCUCUCAUCAUCAUCCUCCUCAUCGGCAGCAAAUAUUCCGACGACUCUAGACGGCCCGUUUAAGCCCGUUACAACGCCAUAUGACGUCAGCUUACGUGGUAACGCCGUUGAUUUGCCUGACACAGAUUCUAGGGUUCAACGCCGUGUGAAUGGGUUUCAACCGGAGCAGAUUUCUGUUUCUCUCUCUUCUGAUUAUCAUUCCGUUUGGAUUUCUUGGAUUACAGGGGAAUAUCAGAUUGGUUAUGAUAUAAAGCCAUUGAAUCCUGAAAGUGUGAAGAGCUUUGUUCAUUAUGGGCCAUUACAGUACCCAUUAAGUAGUGAAGCAACAGGGUAUUCUCAAAUCUACAGUCAGCUUUAUCCUUUUGAAGGUCUUCAGAAUUAUACUUCUGGAAUAAUCCACCAUGUUCGUCUCACAGGGUUGAAACCUAACACGUUGUACUACUAUCGAUGUGGAGAUCCCCAUCUACCAUCCAUGAGUGGCCUGAACCAUUUCAGGACGAUGCCGAUUCCUAGCCCUCGGAACUACCCUGGAAAAAUAGCAAUCGUUGGUGACCUAGGUCUUACAUAUAAUUCAACGGACACUAUAAGUCACAUAACCAGCAAUAAUCCUGAUCUUCUUCUCCUAGUCGGUGAUGUGACCUAUGCAAACCUGUAUCUCACUAAUGGAACUGGCUCUGAUUGUUAUUCCUGCGCCUUUCCAAAAAGCCCCAUUCAUGAGACAUAUCAACCACGCUGGGAUUAUUGGGGAAGGUUUAUGCAGAGUUUGAUAUCAAAGGUUCCCAUUAUGGUGGUGGAAGGGAACCAUGAAAUAGAGGAACAGGUUGAUCAUAAAACCUUUGCAGCAUAUAGUUCUCGCUUUGCUUUUCCAUCAGAAGAGAGUCAGUCGUCAUCAACAUUUUACUAUUCUUUUAAUGCUGGAGGAAUACAUUUUGUAAUGCUCGGGGCUUAUAUUGCUUACAACGAGUCAGCUGAACAAUACAAAUGGUUGGAGAGAGACUUGGCUAAAGUUGAUAGAGAUGUAACUCCAUGGCUGGUUGCUGCGUGGCAUCCACCAUGGUACACUACUUACAAAGCUCACUAUAGAGAAGCAGAGUGCAUGAGAGUCGCGAUGGAAGACUUACUCUACUCUGCUGGUGUGGAUAUAGUCUUCAAUGGACAUGUACAUGCAUAUGAGAGAUCGAACAGAGUAUAUAAUUAUACCCUAGAUCCUUGUGCUCCUAUUCACAUUACAAUAGGGGAUGGAGGUAAUCGUGAGAAGAUGGCUGUUAAGCAUGCUGAUGAGCCAGGGAACUGCCCUGAGCCAUCAACUACUCCAGAUAAGUACAUGGGUGGCUUCUGUGCUGCAAACUUUACUUCUGGUCCGGCUGCAGGUAAAUUUUGCUGGGAUCGUCAACCAGAUUACAGCGCAUACAGAGAAAGUAGCUUUGGCCAUGGAAUUCUUGAGGUGAAAAAUGCGACUUGGGCUCUGUGGACUUGGUAUAGGAAUCAAGACAGUGAGAAAGUGGCUGGAGAUCAGAUUUACAUAGUGAGGCAGCCGGAUGUCUGCCCUGUCCGAAGCAAGGUAACUAAAGGAUGGUCAGAUGUUAGGUAACUUAGGUGGUACUCGAGAUAAUUAUAUUUAUAAUUUACUGGUAGGUUUGAGUAAGAAAACGACGUUCACUUGUUGCAACUUAGCUUAGACCGGUGGUGGAAACUGGAAACCUCCACCAAUACCGUAGGCAGUUUUGUAUGGAAGAGAAAUGCAUGGUGCAGCACCUCAUUAUUUUGAACAGGUCACUUCUGGCAUAUGCCGGAAUUUGUUGUUGUAUCAUAUGUUAGUCAAUUGUAGCACCAAAAAGAAUGUUAGUCUAUUGUAGAACCAAAAAAAAAAAAGUUAAUUGUUAGAAAGAUGUACUUUGCAGUUUAUCGCUCUUGUACAAAUAGCACUGGUCUUUAUACAAGUAACAUUUACCUUA